CCCGAUGGGUCCCCGGACGCGGAAGACCUGGCCCCGCGGAGGUUCCCGCUUCUGAGGCGUGAGAGGCGGCAGGUUGUAGAAUUUGGCCUUGGCUCCGAGGGGUUCCCCCGGGCCAUUAGAACCCAAGACCGGAAAGGGAGGCACCGCGGCGGCGGCUGGUCGAACCCCCCACCUGUCCUCCAGGCAGGGAGGAGGGGGCGAGGAGACGAGAAGCACCGAUCGCAGGGCUGAGGAGCCUCCGGACCGGGUCCCGGAGCAUGGGGGACUGGACCGGGUCCCCGAGCAUGGGGAGCUGGAGUCUCCGAGGCUGCCCGGCCGGGCCCUGCCCGACUGUCAGCUUCUCGGUGCUAGUGCUGCCCGGGCAGCUGGGGUGUCUGUAGCCCGGCCCCGCUUGAGGUCGUUGGCCAAAAGAUAGCAGCAUGAGUUCCGCCGCUGCCUAGUUUCCUCCCCGUCCUUCUCUUCUCCCUCCUUUCUCUCUCCUCUUCCCCAUACUUCGUCCUUCUUCUUUCACUCCCCCUCGCUCCUCUUUUCCCUCCACCCUACCCUCCUCCUUUCCCCCCGUCUUCUUCUUUUCCCCCUUCUGUCCUCCUCCUUUUACCCUCUUUGUCUUCCUGCUUUUCCAUCUAUCCUUUUUCCCUCCCUCUUGCUCUUUUACCUCCUCCUUCCAUCCCUCUCCUUCCUCGUUCCUCUUCCUUUAUCCUGUCACCCUCCACCACGACCUCUCCACCCUCCUCCCCCCCCUCACUCUCAUCCUCCCUUCCUCAUCCUCAUCCUCCUUCCCUCCCCCUCCUCUCCUGAUUUUCUCCGCCCCCGCCCCCAAGCCUCCGCCCCUUAGCCCCCGCCCCCAGCUGACGGUCCCCAGCAGCUCAGUCCUGCAGUGAGAGUCUUGGGAGUCCAUAGCUAAGCACCAGGAGCUGAGCGCUGUCCGCCGUGCCUGCCGGCAAGUCUCCGACAUGGCUCAGGAGAAAAUGGAGCUGGACUUUGAGUCUGACACAUCUGAUGGGGUCACUCUGAGGAGAUCCAACAGCGCUCCCCUGAUCCAUGGGCUCAGUGACCUUUCCCAGGUUUUUCAACCUUACACGUUUAGAACUCGGAGGAAUAGUACAGCCAUCAUGAGCCGUCACAGCUUGUUGCUGUCAUCCUCACCUAAUCGGAUUCCUAGCGGCAGACUGCAUCAAAUCAAAAGGGAGGAAGGCAUGGAUAUGAUGAACAGAGAAACUGCACAUGAAAGAGAAGUGCAAACCGCAAUGCAGAUAAGCCAAUCAUGGGAUGAGAGCUUGAGCCUGAGUGAUAGUGAUUUUGACAAGCCAGAGAAAUUAUAUUCUCCUAAAAGGAUUGACUUCACUCCGGUUUCUCCAGCACCAUCACCCACCAGAGGAUUUGGAAAGUGUUUUUCACCAUCCUUAAAAAUGUUUGUGAGCAGCAGCGGACUACCACCAAGUCCCGUUCCUAGUCCAAGACGCUUUUCCAGCAGGAGAAGCCAGAGUCCAGUCAAGUGCAUUAGGCCCAGUGUUCUUGGUCCUCUUAAAAGAAAAGGUGAAAUGGAGACCGAAAGCCAGCCCAAGAGGCUCUUCCAAGGCACUACCACUAUGCUGUCUCCGGAGGCUGCACAAUUGUCUGAUCUCAGUUCAUGGUGGUGUUAUCAAGGAGAAGAAAUUCCUGCCUUGACCAGAUGUGUGGAGCAUCUACAAAUGAAUGAAUAAUGUUAUUUACACACAAACCACUGUGUAGAAAAGUGUACACGGAGCUUGACAGCUUGUCUUGGGUGGUGUAAUGAGGCCUGAGGGGCCUUGGGGUUCAGUGUCAUGCUGUAAAGAUGUAUAUCAUAAGGUAGGAUAGAAAAGGGGCUCUAUGUGUCUGAUUGCCACAUACCGUUUUGAUUGCUGCUUCUUUCUGAUUACUUUUUCGUCAUUGGAGUUGUUUGUUUUGUUGUGUGGUGAGUGGUGUUGUCGACUGUAUUUUGGUUAUUGUGUUGCCCCCAGAAUCAGAGUCCAGUUCUUAUACAUGCUGCCUUAUAGGAAGCGCAGUUUAAUAUCUACGAGGAAGCUUUUAGGAGCUGCCAAAGUCAAUGUCAUCGUGCAUUCUGCUUUUAAGAAGCUGUUUGAGCUGUCAACAGUGUACAUGAUAGUAAGUCUGCGGUACCAUAAGUUAUUUAACAUUUAAAAGAGGAAAAUCCCGAUAGAGCUAUUUUAAAACCUGAGUGUAAUCUAUUGCCGUGUUAUUUAUUAUUUAAAACUGUGUGCAAAAUGUCUGUUGUGAUAGAUUUCUUUUAAUGGUCAGACAUCGUGGUUGGAUUGUCUGUAUUUAACAUGCAAAUUUGCCUGCUAGGACCAUAAUAUUCCAUUUUUAAAUGAAUGUAAGAAAUGAAAACUACUGCAUUUGUGUCUUUUGAAGGCAAAGGUCGUUGAAUUUUAAAGGAAGAUGAUGUGCUUUGAGCGUACCCACAGACUAGUAAUACUGUAGGGCUUGAAGGGAAACCUAUUCUCUCUGAAUUAUAAGAGAGCAUCACUUAGCUUGCAGUAAGUAGUUCUGUUGUAGCAUCAGCUGUGUUGUUUAUUUUAAAUUGUGAUAACUGCCAUAAUGGCCAUUAAUGGCUUUAUUUCUCAUAUUGGCUUUCAUCUGUGCAAAGUCCAUAAUCCUUCAAACCUAACAUGAAUGUAUAUAUUAUGAAGAUUGUCCUCUAGUAUGUCAUUUAAAAGAAAAAUUACAUCAGUGGUAUGCAGUGUAUUUAUUCUGUUUGUGAAAGAACCAUGUUAAAAGUCUCUGCCUAUAUAAUACUGAGAGAUGGUUUUCUCCUAUAGGGUAUUUAUCCACCAGCUCUCUACUGUCUUCUUUGCCUUAAAGGGACACUUUUGGCCAUCAUUUUUUGGCUCUAAUUUAGGACUCUUAAGACAUAGCCUUUAGAAUGUAAUGAUAUUUAAAUUUAUUUUUGAAAUUCAGCGGUGGGGUAGAAUUGGGACAGGAAGAUGAAAUUGUUCCUCUGUUAUGAGAACUAGGAGGCAAGGUAACUGACUUUACUGUUUAAGCCAAGGUUCAUUUUUAUUGUGUAAAGUGACUAGAAAGUUAAGUUUGUGCAGGGGUUGUUUCGGAUUACAUAAAAGAUAGAGAUGCUAACCUUCAGGUGAGCUUUGUUGACAGUACUCAUUUAUUUUUAUAUAAAGUCUAAUAUUUGAAAAGUGAUCAUUGUUAUAAAGUAAAAUUCUCUCUUCCUAUUCUAAUAUAUCAUAUUUCAGGCUUCUAUUUGAAAACAAGUAUAAGAGAUGAUAUGAUAAGAAAAUUUAAUAGAUGCUCUUUUUGCUUGACUGACAUAUAAUCACUGUGUUUCAUGAUAACUGCUUUUGGAAUAAUAAGAAGUUUUGUGAACUGCUGACCUUGUGUAUAUCUUAG